UCGUUGGCUAACCAAUAACCAACAUCUUUUUGCAACUGUCCUGUUUAUACGCAAUUACGUCCUUUACCACCACUUUAACUACUCAGUACUCACGUAUACUCCAAAACCCUAAAUCCUGGCUGCUCUUUCUAACACGCACAUAAUACCGAUAGUGUAAUCAGUUUCUCGCCAAUCGCCGAUGGCUUCUCUUGCGUUUUCUUCAGCGAAUCUCGCAGCUACGAACAAAUUUAGCUCUGCAAUCCCUGCUAGAAACGGCUUAAUUAGUUGCAGGGUCAAUUUUAAAGAAAACGGGAGGUUGAAUACACAAAUCCUCACCAAUGAGCAAGAAACAAUGCCUAAUUUCUUGAAUUUGAAUCAAUUCGAGAGAAUUCCAACAAAAAAAGAUGACAACAGACUUCGGAUCUUUUCAGGCACUGCCAAUCCUUUAUUAUCUGAGGAAGUUGCAUGUUACAUGGGUUUGGAUCUUGGAAAGAUUGAUAUAAAACGUUUUGCUGAUGGAGAGAUAUAUGUUCAGUUACGUGAGAGUGUUAGAGGGUGUGAUGUGUAUCUUGUGCAACCAACAUGUCCUCCUGCAAAUGAGAAUCUUAUGGAGCUUUUGAUUAUGAUAGAUGCAUGUCGCAGAGCAUCUGCAAAAACUAUCACUGCAGUUAUUCCAUACUUUGGAUAUGCAAGAGCUGAUCGAAAGACUCAAGGACGUGAAUCCAUUGCAGCUAAACUUGUUGCAAAUCUGAUAACAGAAGCAGGAGCAGAUCGAGUUCUUGCUUGUGAUCUUCACUCUGGGCAAUCAAUGGGCUAUUUUGACAUUCCAGUUGAUCAUGUACAUGGUCAGCCUGUGAUACUUGAUUACCUUGCAAGCAAGACAAUUAAAACUGAUGAUUUAGUAGUGGUGUCACCUGAUGUUGGUGGAGUUGCUAGAGCAAGAGCUUUUGCCAAAAAAUUAUCAGAUGCACCUUUGGCCAUUGUUGAUAAGCGGCGUCAUGGCCACAAUGUGGCAGAAGUAAUGAAUUUGAUUGGUGAUGUAAAGGGUAAAGUAGCAGUUAUGGUGGAUGACAUGAUCGACACUGCUGGUACUAUAUCGAAAGGUGCAGCCUUAUUGCAUCAUGAAGGGGCAAGAGAAGUUUAUGCAUGCUGCACACAUGCUGUUUUUAGUCCACCAGCGAUUGAAAGGUUGUCAAGUGGGCUUUUUCAAGAAGUGAUUAUCACAAAUACUGUUCCAGUUUCAGAAAAGAAUUAUUUUCCACAGCUCACUGUUUUAUCUGUAGCAAACUUACUUGGUGAAAGCAUAUGGCGUGUGCAUGAUGACUACUCUGGAGGCUAUGAACACUUCUCUGGCCUCGGAAUUGACUAAGUUACCCUCAACUCCCAUCCCUUGUACAAAUCUAAUCCAUUUUGCAGAUUCAAACUUCCAUGUUGUAAUUAUAAAUGAGAUUUUUAACCCUAAGUACCUUGUUAUUCUAUGACAUUAGUGCUUUUUAUAAGUAUUAUAUUUGAUUUAAAUAUAUAAAGUGAUGUAAUUUACCAUC